AUGAGAUCGGAUGGCUUUCUGGAUGAGCCUUUGACCUCAUCCCCGCCGAGAAAAGGCAAGAUGGGGAACAACGAAAAGCCGCGCGCAGGUGACUGGAAGUGUCCCAACUGCAACGACCUCCAGUUCGCGCGGAACGCUGCAUGCCGCAGGUGCAACUGGAAUCUCUUCCCGAGCCGUGGGUCUCAACGGACCGUGAACGGUUCGUCGGUCCAUCCGCAGCCUGCGGUGCGCCGGUGCGUCGAGGAGCCGCAGCAGGAGAGCGCCGCCAAAGCGGCCAAGGCCCAGUGGAGUGCCAUGCGAGAGGAUCCCGAGGCCACGAAGGAGGCUUUCUGGCGCCUCGCACGUGCUGCCAUCAGCGGACUGGACGAGGCGAAGACCGCGGCAGCCGAUGCCGAGAUCUGCGCGCGGCUGCGAGGCUACUACCCUGAGACCUUGGAGGUCUUGCGACAAGCCAAAGAGCAAGACGUGGUCCUCGGUAUGAUCUCCAAUCACCUCGCCUUCUGGUUCUAUCCAGAGACUUGUCACCUCUAUUGGAGGCAAAUUGGAAGUUGCUAUGCUUGGAAGAAGGAGUGUGGGGAGGUGCUGAAGGAUUUGGUGGAGCCCGAGCUUCUCUUGGUGAGCUCAGAGGUCGCUUGCUCCAAGCCUGGACAUCGCAUCUUCGAGCUGUUCUUGGAACGACUGGGGCGUUUGCAUCCAGGCUUGACUGCAGCUGACUGUGUCUUUGUGGAUGAUAAGGCUGAAAACGUGGCAGCAGCCGCUGCUCUGGGCUUUGCCGUGGUUCACUACGAUGCACGAAAGGCCCAGCCUGGAGAACUUGCCCAGGCACUCAAGGAUGCAGGACUCGCUUUGACUUGA